GGAUUCGGUAUAGAUAUGGAUAGAACUAGUGCAGUUGACAUCUGCAUAGUUUCCCAAGAAGUUUUCAACAGUGUUGAGUAUCACAGGCCUUUAAAGAAAUAUUAUUAGCUGUAGAAUAAAAGGGAGUGUCCUUUGAUGGAUAAAUAGCUGACUAAAAAUAAGAAUAUAUGGUCAUCUAUCACACUGAUGGAUGAAGAACUUCUGGAAUCUUCACGCAGCUUGUUCAUAUUCAACAAUGAAGGUAAAAUAAGUAAAAUGGAGGUGAAUGGUAAGAUGAAAUUUCUUGGAUACACUAAGUCCUCACUCUUACUAUAAAAAUUACUGUCAAGGCUUGCAGGAGCACCUUAUAAUAUUGAUUGACUGAUUUUUAAGAAAGAUGAUGGUCAUAUAAUAGUCAAUGAAAUCCAGAAUAGAUAUGGGAAGUACUGGAGGAAGAACCACUUAACUUCACAUAAUUUUAUGUAUAAAAUAAAUGUUCUUUAACCUGACUGAUGUUCAGGACCAAUUUAUAGGCCUAGGUAGAUUAUAACACAUUUUCAUGAACAUGUCAGCUUAACACUCGAUAGCAGCUCAUAAAAGGUAAAAUAAAUGUUAGGAAUUAUUAGGAAAGAAAUAAGAAAUAAAAACAGGGGAAUAUCUUUUUGCUACCGUAAAACCUAUGCAACGUGAGUAUUAUUUGCAGUUUAGAUCUUUUCCCUGCCUCAGAAAUCAUGUGGUAGAAAGAGUUUAAAAAGCUUUGAACAAGGCAACAAAGAAUAAGUAAAAUAGCUUCUACAAAAGGACCAACUAUGCAUGACUCUGCUUUGGAAUGGAAAUAACUGAGGAGAAAUAAAAAACGGUCAGUGGCAUGGGGAAUGUGGAUUAUUGAUUCUACUCCAGGAAAAGAAGUAGGAAGCAUCAAAUUAAGCUGGUAGGGACAGAACUGAUUAACUUAGCGUUCCUCAUGCCUACCCCUAAGUGAGGUUUGCCAUUUUAUAGGACCUCUAUCUUUUCUCUGCUUAAAAGUCAUCCAAAACUAGCCCUAGUCACUAGGCUUUAAUUUGUGUUUUCUAUGACCUAAAAAGGUAUUAUGCCCUUCCUCUUCCCCUUAACUGCCUAAAUGCGGCAAUCUUCCGAAACUAAACGUGAGUUUGUAGGUUUGAGCCCCGCCCCACCCCUCCCAAGUGGAGGGUGGAGACAAACAGGUCUCGAGUGCCCACUCUAACCACUACAGGCCUUGUACACAGAGUGGAAGGAAGCCACCUAUCACCUUCAGCUGUCCUCCUAAAGAAGGACCUUGCUUUAUCUGUGUAGAAAUGACUUAAUUUCUUAAUUUCAGGACAAAAUCCCAUCCUCCAAGACUAUAGACUGUGAAGGAUCAAUGGAAGUUGGUACCUACUUACUGUUACUAUAUGUAUGAACACAGAAGAGGGUUAUUUCCGCAUUUUGCACUGGUUACAUUAGUGGCUUUCUCUACAUUGCUAACAUCUUACUGUGAGAAACUGGAUGUCUAGUUUAGGGCUUUGCUUUGGAAGCCACACAUCUAAGUAUUGUGAUAUGAGGCAUUUUGUGAAUUUAACCUUUUCAUUAGAGCAUUGUGCGCUCUGCUCUUAUUUUAAAAAAAAAUUCUUUUUUGUGUGGAUUAUGCCCAGAUUGUCUUAUUGUCAGUGUGGAUGCUUGUGUGGACCUCUUCACUCAUAAAUAAGUUUUGAAGAGUCAUCUUUGUAGUUUGUGUUCUGUUCCAGUAUGUCUCAUCAGUCUUAAUUAUGUGUUUAAUUUGCAGUAAAGUGAAAUGGUUUACCAAAUAAAAUGCAAUUGAUGACUUUCAUGGAAAAGUUUACUCUUAUUUUUGCAAGUAGGAACUAGAAUGUUUAGGUCUGUACAACUGUAGGUGGAACCUGUAAGUUUUAAAUAUGUGCCAUUAACUCCUUUUUUUUGUCAGGGUUGAUAAAGAUAGGAGUGGAAUAAUAUCUGAUAACGAACUUCAGCAGGCAUUAUCUAAUGGCACAUGGACUCCUUUUAAUCCAGCAACAGUCCGGUCAAUUCUUGGCAUGUUUGACAGAGAAAACAAAGGUGGUGUGAACUUCAAUGAAUUCACAGGAGUCUGGAAGUAUAUCUCAGACUGGCAGAAUGUCUUUCGAACGUAUGAUAGAGACAAUUCUGGAAUGAUUGACAAAAAUGAGCUAAAGCAAGCACUAACAGGUUAUCGACUGUCUGACCAGUUCUAUGAUGUCCUUAUUCGGAAAUUUGACAGACAAGGAAGAGGACAAGUUGCUUUUGAUGACUUUAUUCAGUGCUGUGUUGUCUUACAAAGGCUGACUGAUGUAUUCAGACGUUAUGAUACUGAUCAAGAUGGCUGGAUUCAAGUGUCUUAUGAGCAAUAUCUUUCCAUGGUCUUCAGCAUUGUAUGACAGGACAGCUAGGAAUUGCACACUGGCAUUAUUACAAACUGGAGUUGCCAAAUCAUCAUGUACUGAAUAAGAUUACUGAUAUAUCAGAAUGGAUAUAACUUCUCAUUCUUAAGUUUUUUUUAUGUUGGUCAUCACCUUUCACGAUCUCUGUACUGUCUGUUGGCUUUUACUUUGUAUUGCUCUGCCACCUGACCAUAGCAUGCUUACUGCAGUACAGAAAGCACAGAACCUAGAUUUAACUCACCUUAACUUUCUUCCGCAUAUCUUGCAUGGGGAAAAAUGACUUUUUAGAAAUGCCAAAUUAAAACAGUGCUUGUUAGGUUUGUAAGAAAUUUGAAAGUCAGAACUUGCACAACAUGUUUUGCAUGUGCCUUACUUUUAUAAAAGUUUAAUGUAUUAAUUUUUAAUACAUAGUGUAAAACUAAGUAAAAAUAUUAGACCAACCUUUUCUAGUCUACUUUUUUGCACAGAUUUUUUUUAAGGGGGUAGUGUUUGCAUUUCUGUAGUUUGUUUUCCUGUGGCUUAGAGCAAAGUUAGAGCUUGAACCUUAAGCAGCACCAGGGCCUUAGUAUACAUACAACCUACGGUACAGCCAGUGAAGUUUGGAGACGGGGGGAAAAAAAAGGGUUGUUUAAAAGAUUUUCCUUACAUAAGUAUAUUAGGGAAUGGGAUAAACUAGUAUUAUUACAUAGUAGGCCAGGGUGGUUCUUAGCUGAAUACACUGCUGGCCAAGUUAAUGGUUCUGUCCAAGCUUCUCUUAAUGUUGUCUGCUACCGGAUACAAUGGCAGUAGAUGAAGUUCAUUCCUUUGCACCUCAGGAUGGUAAAACUACAUUUUCUUGUAGUUUCUUUGCUGUCUUGUGCAAGCUCUUUUGCCUUCUUUUUCCCACUCAUGCUCCUCAGCAAACAUACUUCCCUGGGUAGAGCACUGAUGGCAUAAAUGUGUCUGUGCUAUCUUAGCUGGACAGGUGACAGGGCAAACGUUUUUUUAAACUGACUCUGGUAAUACUAAGUUGCUAAAAUGCUUCCCUUUUUGAGAAGCUAUGCCAGGUAAAAUUUGACGUAUUUUGCCAUGAUCAAGAUGGUAAAAUUUCUGCCAGUGACUGUGAGAAACACAAGCCUAAACACAUACACGAUCUUUGUGCCAAACUGCUCCUAAAUCAAUACUUUUUCACAUGUCACUGUAACAAAAAUAGUGAUGACACUGAAAUAUAAACACUGUUACCCUACUUAACUGAGACCUUUUCGCCUCCUAGCCUGUACUUUAACUGAAUGUAUACAAAAGGAUCAGGUAACUCUGCAGAAGGUCCCAAAGCAAAGUAGCAAAUUGGUAACAAAAACCCAAAUGAUCAUCCUGGAACCUGCUGAUUGGGGGGAGGAAGAUACUGCCUUGAGUUAAAAGCAAGCCACCUAAAGGGGAUGGAAGAUGUCAUCUACAGAAAAAAAUGAUACAGUUAAGACUUAAAUCUAAUUGUAAACUGGCCAUUUUGCACCAGUAAGGAAAUUAAAACGGACAGGAAAGUAAAAUAAACCCUGUUUGCAUAACA